AUGCACAAUCUCUUCCGAUUAUUGAUACUCGGAAGCCUUGGAGUCCCCACGAUCGCUACCUACCUGCAGUCGGCAGCCUGUCCGGGGUACUCGCUGAAUGCGUGGACGGCAGGGGCUAACUACACUAUCAAAGACGCACGUCUGGAUCACUCACAUGAGAAUGGGGUCCUCUCCUUUGUUCUCGGUCGGUCUCUCUCGCCACAGGAGUGUCAGGCGCUUCCUGCAAAUGCAAUCAUCGAUCUCAGCAUCACCCGUUCAGGUAGCACCUUAGCAUACCAAGCCGAGACGCAAGCACAAUGCACUGCGCCCGAGGCACACCCAGCACGCCAUCAAGUGCGCCUGCCGGUCACAGUCGAUCUCGGCUCGGUGUCUCCGUUCUUAGACAUUGGCGUGAUUUUUAAGACCACUUUGGAGGACGAGGGACAGGUAUCAUGUCUGAUGGCCAACAUCAUACCAGCACCACGAGCGACAACACGACUGCAGCUACGAUGGAUCCCUUUCGGCGUGUGUGCCUUCGUGCUGCUCGUGAGUGCGUUCCGUACCAUGGCCCAGGUCCAGCCAACAUUGGACCGACCUUCGCAACUGGCGCCCGAGAUCCUGCCAGGUGCUAGCGAAUGCUUGCUAUACUUUCAGUUUGCGUUUCUUUCGGGCACCUUGACACUGAGCUAUCCCGGCUUUUCCCAGCCCAUCCUCAGUCACUUGAACAUGUUCUCGCUAUUCAACCCAGGACCAUUGGCACAUGGCCACGCCUAUUCAAGCAUUGAAGACGGAAUCUAUACGAUGAACGGCACUUAUGGCGGCACUCUUGGCUUCGAACUCAUGCACCAGAUCGUGGGUGUUCCGCAUACUGCAGAUACCUGGCGCAAAAUGAUCAUCGCGGUGCUGAUUCUUGCGGUCUUCAUUGCUGUGGUGCUGGAGAUGCGCUUGUUUUUCACUGGAAACCGCGAACACUCAACCACCUGUGCACGUGGAGGCUUCAACCGGCGAUUCAGCACCAUCUUGAAAGCGGUGUUCUCCUACUUCACCUUGCCAAUCUGCGCUUUGACCUUCUAUCAAACCAACUAUGCCCGACACAUGCCGGUGUAUCACACGACAUUUGCCUUGAUCACCGUCAUAGUGGUCUUGCUGGCCUUCGUGUGGCUGUUCAGACAAUCGCCAGCCGAUGGCAUGGGCGAUUUCGUUAUCGGGCGUCCGAAACAGUCCUCGGCAGGGCGCAAAACGUCAAGGAUUUCGACUUCCCACGAAAGGGGCUUCGUCGCGGCUCACUUUGUCAUCAUAUUCGUUCGUGGAGCAGUCAUCGGAAGCUUGCAGCGCUUUCCAGAGGCCCAGCUUGCGAUGUUGAUGCUCUGCGAACUUGGACUCUUCCUAGCGAUGCUUCGUCUCCGACCUGAUCAGCUAUGGACCACGCGGCUCGCUUCGACAGUGGCCAGGGUAGCCACGCUGGCGCUUCUAUGUUGUUUCCUUCCUGAGCUCACCGACGGUCGCUUGAAAAGCAUCGCUGGAUUUGCCAUCGUCAUUCUUCAUGCCUCUGUCCUUGGGCUCUUGUUCUUCUUGCCCGCCAUGUUCCACUUAGUCAUGAUGGUAUGGAACCACUUCGGGACAAGUAAGCCAAACGCCUAUGGACUACGCCAGUUGAACCGUCGUUCGCGUAGAACAUCGAAGUGGGGUUCUACUGCAGAGACGUCCUCGCUUGAAGAGUCCUCCAUAUCCUCAGACGGACAGCUUGAAGACAAACCGGAAACAACGAUCCUGGGAGCCUCACUUCUAACACUGCGUCCUACAAGUUUCUUUCGACAACCAUCGAGAAGCUCGUUUACUCCUAUCACGUCUGUCCUUCAAGGAUCAAACUCCAGCUUGGAUGCGAAUGAUACAUUGUCGCCGCCCACGAGCAAUCUUUCCGUGCCCCUUCAAAACUUGGAAAAGGCCACUGUUCGAGCGAAUCUGGACACAUCUGUGCACCGCCCUGGCAACGUUUCCCCAGAAUCGCUAGGCCCACGCUGGAACGACUUCACCUUCCGCGAGUCGGAUUUGAUAUACGGGUCUCCAUUCCGGAAGCAAGAGCUCAAGCGGACUCAGGAGGCCAGAAGUCAAACAGGACUGCUUGCGCGGUUUAAGAAAAGCUCUCUGCUCCACGUGUUCUGGCGCAGGAAUGUCCAGGCGGCUGAGGAAUCAAAUACUGGCUUCCAUGUUGUCAGAGCCUCGAGGCCGGAAGUGGAAGACUUGUAG